AUGAAUAUACUAACAAGAUAUCAUAAAGUGAUCCAUACAACAUUAACAUUAAACUCUACAACGUUAUACACAUUAGAAAAUCAAAUCAUUAUAUCAAAACAUAAAUUAAUCAAUUUAAAUGAAUCAAUAUCUCAACAAAUUAGUAUUAUAAAUUCAUCAGAUUCUUUAGUUGGUUCAAUACCUUUAAAUUUCCCAAAUGUUAAUUUAACUUUAUAUUUCCUUAAAUUCAUACUUGCUAGUAAUGAUUUAGUCACAGUUUUAACAAUUUGUUCAACAGAUAUACCAAGAACUUUCCCUCUGUUAACAUUAGAUACAAUAAUUAAAGAUUUUAGAGAAUAUAGAGAAACUUCAAAUUCAAAUGUUGAAUUUAAAAUUAGGUUUAAUCAAAUUAUUAAAUUUCAAGAAUCUGAAUUUCAAAGAAAUUUAAUUGAAAUUACCAAGAAUGAUUUAAAUCAAAUUAAAUAUGUUUUAAAUGAUAAUAUUGAACAAGUUUUAGAAAGAAAUGAAAGAAUUAAUUUAUUGGUUAAUAAAACUGAUAGAAUAAAUACGCUAUCUAGUAAUUUUAGAACAAAUACAACAAGAGUUAAAAGAAAAUUAUGGUGGAAUAAUGUUAAAUUUUGGGCUGUUUUAGUUAUAAUAUCUAUAUUCUUAUUAUUAAUAUUGGCAAAGAUUAUUAUAGGUUAA